AUGCAAUAUCUUCCAAGAUUUGCUGGAAAAGUUGCUGUUUUAUCAGCGUCUACGGAUGGAAUUGGUCUGGCACUCGCUAGGAGACUAGGGCAAGAGAAGGCUAAAGUUGUUGUGAGUUCUAGAAACAUGGAUAAUGUUAAUAAAGCAGUAGAAACUCUCAAGAAAGAGAAUAUUGAAGUGAUCGGAGUAAAGUGUCACAUUUCUAAUCCCGAAGAGAGAUCUAAUCUUGUCCAGGAAGCUGUUAAAAAUUUUGGCGGGAUUGAUCUCCUAAUGAUUAAUGCUGGAGUUAGUCCAUAUAUUGGAGAUCUUAUGGAUUGCCCAGAAAGUGCUUGGGAUAAAGGUUUCGAUGUCAAUGUUAAGGGACCCUUCCUCUUGACCAAGGAAGUCAUUCCCACAAUGAGGAAACGAGGUGCAGGAAGCAUUCUUUUCAUGGCAACUUCUCUUAUUUACAAGGAUGUUCCUUAUAUGGGUGUUUAUACUUCUUCGAAAUCCAGUUUAUUGCGAUUAACUAAACAAUUUGCAAUGGAAUUGGCAAAGGAUAAUAUUAGGGUGAAUUGUGUAGCUCCAGGACCAGUUAAUACUGCUUUUCUAACAGAAAUCGCUAAAACAGAACUUUGCCAGAAUAUAGUGGAAAAUGAGAUACCUAUGAAAAGGAUAGGACGUCCUGAAGAAAUUGCAGCACCUGCGGCUUUUCUUCUCUCAGAUGAAGCCAGUUACAUAACUGGAGAAACAAUUGUAAUUGCAGGUGGAUUGCAGAGCCGUCUUUAG